GAAACAGUUGCCAGACAACCCUAUUUGUUAGAGGCCUCGACCUCGCAGCCGACAGUCAGGCUCCGUCCGGGAGAGGAAACAGAACUUUGAGUGAGCACCUCUGGCACUCAUUUUGUCGCCGACUUCACUGUGAGCCCCAGACCCAAGGGCGAGGAUGGCCCUACACGUGAAACCGCGGACUCUGCUUGUGCGCGCAGCCCUGGUCGCUGCCUGUGGCUGCUUGCUCUCGGUUCCUCGGGUCGCCAGCGAGUACAGGGAAGUCCACACCAACGCCUGGUACGACAAGAGCGUCCACGGGAAGCCUGUCAUCGAAUACGUGGAUGUAAAUUUUUUUGUGCAUAAUAUCGCCGAUGGCAAGCUCUUUUUGGACAAGGGCCUCAGUAAGGAGACUGGAACCCUCGGCCGCUUCCCUGUGCCAAAGUGCCUGGAGAAAUUCAACCCGUGUCCCUUCGGUCCGAACGGCAAGAGGCGGGAGAUGAGGUCCCGCAAAACCAAGCAGACGGUCUUUAUACACUUAAUUGAUACGAAAACAAAUAAGACUGAAGUAAAGCAAUAUAUUCACAAGGUGGACUCUGAAUGCUAUUGCCUAAAAUAGAAGGACAGCAAAGAUGUUCCUGAAGUUAAAGAUUUAGAAAUAUAUAUAUAUAUAUGCGUGUGUGUAUGUAUACGUAUGCAUAAUACAUAUAUAUAUAUAUGUUUGUAUGUAUAUGCGUGUAUAUAUUUUUUAAAUCUAUUUGUGUGUGUUUGUGAAUAUAUUUAGAGAUAUAUAUGAAUGUGUGUAUAUAUAUAUAUACAUACAUAAAUACAUAUACAUAUAUAUAUAAAUAAAUAUUUAGACACAUACGAUUAACUAACCAACUGCUCCUUUGGGGAAGGAUCAUGGGUCAGCCAGUAUAAAGACCCACUCAGCUACAUGAUGUUAACAUGAUGCCAAGUAGUUCGUCAAACUCCGCAUCGACGAUGUCACGAAUAUGAAUGAAUAUAUAU